AUGGGUAAGCCUGAGGAGGUUCAGGCCGUGACAGACAUAGGACAGCCCGACGGGUAUGUCGCACCACCAAGCUACGAUGCCGCCCACGGUACGGGCAUAUCUACCGAAGAAAUCGAGCAGCUCAACGUGGCAUUUUCUUCUCUCAAUGUCCCCUUAGUCGCCAAAUCUGUUACAGAAGACACAUGCUUGGCACACUUGAAGCUCCUCUUCGCUUUUCAAAACCUGAAGGAAGCGGUCGGAUAUACCGAUGGCCUCUGGCAGCUCUACGAUAGCCGAGUCUUACCUAAGACAAAAGAACCAAGCGCAUCACCAGACACCAACAGUCUCGACGAUGAAACUAAGAAGAACCUAUCUUUGCUCCGAGAAAAGCGAUGGGCGCUUUAUGUUGCUAGAGCAGUCGACCGAUACGAAGCCUGGUGGCGCAACUUCAUGAAGAACCCGCUGACUGAAGACGACAUGGCGGAAGACACAGACAAGUACACCCGGUUCGCCACAAGUCCACCAUCUGGCGAUGGCUGGAAGAACUACAUGCUUCCACCUUUAGAUGUGCUCAUGGUAUGGCAUGCACACAUGCUGAACCCUCAAGCUUACUAUGAAGACUGUUUGCGGAAUGGUUUCGGAGAGAUGUGGCAUGCUGGUAUGCCAUGGAAGCUGGUGAACGAUGCAAUCGACACCGACUUCAAUUAUAAAGUGUCUUCUGGCUACAUGGCCGUAUGGGAGGAGGUCACAGGGAAGAAAUGGGACAACAUACACGACUCGUUUACCAAAACCCUCCCACCCUGCCCCAAAUGCCGCAAAGUAAACGGGGUGCUGUGGUCAACGUGCGGCAUGCCCGAAGGCUCGCGAGAUGAUUCCCCUUCGACUUCACUCGUCGGAGGGAUGGGUUACGGUGAUCGUGAUUUUAUUAUCACAUGUUCCGGCUGCAAGAGGAUACUCAAGAGAGACUAUCUGGAAGUCUUCAAAUUUACCACGGAUGUGGAGGCUCUUAUACAGCAUAAGCGCCCUAUGCCAGGUACAAUGCUCGGUCUGAGGACCGGGAUGACGAAACAGCUUCCGCCGCCCGGGAAAGAGAAGGACCGGUUCCAACCCACGUUCCCAAACCGACUCAUUCGAUACAAACUCCGGAGUAAACUAUACUCUCCUCCGCCUUAUACGAUGGGUGUAGUUCGUGAAAUCAUAGAGAAAGAGCUCGCUGACCCCGCCGCAAUCCAAUUCGUUGAAUCCGUCAUAGACCCAAGGGAGAAGAAGAGAAGAUACCGCCUAGGGCGCGAUGCUCGGGUCCAUGUACGGAAGAUGAUGUCGAGGUACUGGGGAAAUAGCUCUCCUUUUGCUCUAGAGCUUGGCGGUGCUGUUAUGCGGCAAGGCAUAUUUACAGAGAAGAUGUACAAGAUGGACUGGCUUCACAGCCCGGCCGCACGUGAGACAAUGACCCGUCUUAUCACGAAAUACGAGCGAUUCACCGACAUCAUGGGCAAGAAUCCAACUCAAAUUGCUGUUCCAACGCUCGAUGUAGACCUUGCGUGGCACACCCAUCAACUGAGUCCUGCCAGCUACUAUGAGUGGAUGGUCUCCAAGACGACCUAUUUCGUAGACCACGACGACAAGAUUGAAGAGGGCAAGCUAUCUACAGCCUUUGAGUGGACGAGCAAGACAUACCAGGAGCUCUACGGUGAAGUAUACUCAGAAUGCACCUGUUGGUACUGUGAGUCUGUGCGAACCUCUCACGGACCCUCCUCAAUAGCCAGCAAACUGUCCAUACUCCAGAGCGACAAGGACAAAGCCCCCGAAAGGUUCUACUCAUCCGGUCGCGCCGCGCUCUGCCCACCAGACAACAGCGCACACAUCUCCGCGCACAAUGCGGUACGCAUAGAAGAGCACGACAAGGUGCGCGCUAAGAUCCACAAGCGCAUGCAACUUAUGCACCAGAAGCGCCUCGACGAGAACUACGAGAAGGCGCGGAAGCGUGCGAAGAAGCAGGGCCGUGAGCUGCCUGCCAGAGACGACUACUACUACUAUUACUGGGGCACGCCCUACCUGCUCUACGCCCCUUAUGUCUACCCGGCUUACUGCGUCUGUCCUGUGUACUACGAUACCACGACUAUCGCUGCUGGCUCCGGGGUCUACGGCGCCUGUGCUGCUGGGACGUGCGGCGGCACAUUGGCUUCGGGAGCGUGUGGAGGGGCAAUUGCUGGUGCGUGCGGAGGUAAUGCUGUCAGCUGUUCUGCCACGAGUGGCGCUGGAUGCGGAGGUAGAGGAGGAUGCUCAGGUGGAGGAGGAUGUGGAGGAGGGGGUGGUUGCGGAGGCGGAGGCGGCGGUUGUGGUGGUGGCGGCGGCGGCAGCUAA